GCAAGAUGGCGCUCGGAAGGCUGUGAGAUGAGAAAGAGGGUGGUAAAUUGAGAACGCUCCUACCGAUGUAAUAAGGUUGUACAGGUGUAGGAAGAGAAGGUGGAAAUGGAACUGCCAAAUCAUGCCAAACAAUUGCUGCUGCAGCUGAAUCAACAAAGGGCCAAAGGGUUCCUCUGUGACGUGAUCAUAGUGGUGGAAAAUGCCCUCUUUCGGGCACACAAGAACAUCCUUGCAGCCAGCAGCAUAUAUUUUAAAUCCCUAGUGCUUCACGACAACUUGAUCAACCUGGACACAGAGAUGGUCAACCCAUCCGUGUUCAGACAGAUCUUGGACUAUAUUUACACUGGCAAGCUUUUGUCCUCUGAUCAGACCAGCGACCAGAACUUCAAUGCCCUCCUGACGGCAGCAAGCUACCUCCAACUCCACGACCUGGCUGCCCUCUGUAGGAAGAAGCUCAAGCGAAAUGGGAGGCCCCUCCCUGGUAAGCCCACGACCCCCAAUGCUGGGCGGCCCCUCCGCAACCAGAGGCUGUCAUCCACGCCGGUCGGCCAGAAACACUUUCCAGGGUCAACGGACUGUGAUAAGAAGCCACCAGAUGAGCUGCUCAAGGACAAGCUGUCUGAUGACGAGCUGUUCAUUGGUAGCUCUCUCCACAAAGGCUCUUCUAACUCCCUCCAUUGCUCAGCCAGCAAGAAUGGCAGCAAUGGUAACAUCAGCAGCGGUAGCGGGGGUGACCAGGAGCUGGGCCUGGACCUUUCCAAGAAGAGUCCCUCAGAGGGCACAGCCACAGAGGAGGUCAGCCCCAACAGUAACUCCCAGGAAUCCCCUCAGUCUGCCUCAGUAUCCACAACCAACAGUGCCUCUUUCGAAGACUCUGCCGCCAACUCCCAGACCCUAGACGGCGGUGAGCCCAUGGAUGUGGGAGGAGGGGGAGGUGCUUGUGAGGAAAGCCAGCCCCUUCCGGACGCAGGCCAGCCGCGCAAGAGCUCCCGCCAGAUCGCCCGCAAGAAGGAGUGGCCUAAGAAGGAGGCCGGCAGCAAGGGCGAGGAGCGGGCGGUGCCCAACGGUGUCAUCGUCGGGCCUAAGGUGGCCGAGAACCGCUCAAGUAGCAGCGGCGGGGGAAGCGGCAGCAGCUUUGCCUCGGACCACUCUUUCCAGUGCAAGGAGGAGGACGACGUGGAGAAUGGGCAAGAGCACAGUGACGACAGCGGCCAGAGCGAUGGCGAAGGGAGCCACCCUAGCGCAAACUAUGUUUACCGGCAGGAGGGCUUCGAGCCAGCCUUUGGUGACAACCUCUACGUCUGCAUCCCCUGUGGCAAAGGCUUUCCCAGCUCAGAGCAGCUGAAUGCCCAUGUGGAGACGCACACCGAGGAAGAGCUCUACAUCAAGGAGGAAGGCGCCUACGUGAAGGAGGAGGAGGAGGAGGCGGAAGACCUGUCCGCAUCCAUGGCACCCACCACCUUUGGAGCAGAGUCCCGGCCCUUCAAGUGCACAGUCUGCAGCAAGAGCUACAAGGAUCCCGCCACCCUCCGGCAGCACGAGAAAACCCACUGGCUCACCCGGCCCUUCCCCUGCAACAUCUGCGGCAAGAUGUUCACCCAGCGCGGCACCAUGACCCGCCACAUGCGCAGCCACUUGGGCCUGAAGCCCUUCGCCUGUGAGGAGUGCGGCAUGCGCUUCACGCGGCAGUACCGACUGACGGAGCACAUGCGGGUCCACUCAGGUGAGAAGCCGUAUGAAUGUCAGCUCUGUGGCGGGAAGUUCACCCAGCAGCGGAACCUGAUCAGCCACCUGCGAAUGCAUACCUCCCCAACAUAGAAGCCAAAGACUCGGAAUUCCUCAUUUAAAACUCACACCCACACACAAAUGCGCACACCCCCCAGGCGAGACAGCGACGUGGAGAUUGUCUGGCGGAGAGGAUCCGGCUGCCAUCCACAGCAGCAGGAGCACCGUCUCAAAGCAACCCGACUCAAAGCAGGAAGCUUCAGAUCCUGCCCACUUCAGAAUUAGCCAUGGGUAUGAUGAAAUUGCUCAUAGUAUUUUUAAUACUUGCUAUGAAUGUCAGUGGGUUACUAUCAUUAUUUCAUGACCACCUGAUGCCCCUUCCCAGCUUUUCUCCUUGUAUUCUCUUUCUCCAGCUGUAUUCUGUUCUGUAUUACCGGAUUCAGUUAGCCUUCUGUUCAGUUUCUUUUUUGCUUUCCCCAUUGUGGGGGGGAAAAUUGGCACACCAUCUUUCAAAGGGUAUUUUAAAUGAAUAACUUUAGGACUCCUUUGCAAGACCAAGACCCAAAUUUAAACACAUAGCUUAUAUUACUCAAUUUUUAACUUGAAUCAAGGGAAAAAAAUUUGCAACAGCAUGGCUAGUGCACAAGGAAUUGAAUCUGCCAUGAACUGGGACAGGGGGAGAAACACAUCCAUGUUACUGCAUUACAUUGUAUUGCAUUACAAACUUGCUGUGGUCUGUGGGGUUCAUUCACUGUGGUCAAGAAGUUAUUUUAGUACCCCAGUCGUGCACAUCCUGCCCAUGGUCCAGCAGCAGUUCUGAAAGUGAGAAGGGGGUCUUCAGUUUGUUUUUGUUUUGGUAUGUUCAUUUAUAGA